UGUUAAACGCGAUAAACACACUGCGGCGCGUUUUUUGAUAAAGAUGUAACAUCGUUUCUCUUGUGCACCUCGAUCCCGAAGCGUGGAGCAAUUGUGGGUUUCUGAUUGGCCGCACCGAAGCACAUGACCACCUGCUUUAACGGAAGUAGCAGACGACACGCACGAUCGCAGUCUUUUUCCUCGUGGUUUCGCUUGUUUAGUCCUCCCUUCAAUAGUCCUCCCUCCCUUCGCCCUUUCUCCUUUCAUUUCCAAAACCAUACCGAUUCCGACCGGUGACUAGUAUACAGUUUGAUCAGCCUCGUAUAGAACAGAACGAUGGCAGACCAAAACGCUGGACCGUCGUCAGUGACGACACCGAAAAAGAAACGAAAAGUCCGAGGGGAACUGGCAAAGGAUGAAGCCGAACCUUCGAGGAAGCAGCGCUUCCGCGAGGCAUGGUUGGAGCAUCCGGAGUUCAAGGGAUGGCUCGCACCGGACCCAAGAAACCCAUUUCGUGCAUCAUGUAAGGCCUGCAACGCAAGCCUGGUCGCCGGACACAGUGAGUUGACCAAACAUUCAAAAAGAGAUGCCCACAUAAAGGCAACCGCGGGGCUGAGAAAGCAGAACUUGAUGACAGCAUUCGUACAGAAGCCAAACCCGCACGAACAGAACGUAAAGACUGCUGAGAUCAAAAUGUCGGCUUUUGUGGCUGAGCAUGCCUUAUCCUUCAAGGCAAUGGAUCAUCUGGGCGAGCUCUCUAAGGUGGUCUUUCAUGACUCAGCCAUUGCCAAAGGUGUGAGUCUUCACAGAACGAAGUGUGAAUCUAUCGUAAAAAACGUGUUGGCAAAAGCGGAGACUGAAGUUCUCGUGCACAGGCUGGGAGCUUCGAAGUUUUCGAUAUUUGUAGAUGAGGGCACGGACAUAACGAACACCAAACUCCUCUGCUGUGUCGUCCGCUAUUUUUCAGAAGAGCAAGACCAAGUAAUCACACAGCUGUUGGAAGUCAUCCCACUUGACGCCAGGUCGUGCUCAUCAGAGUCGCUCGCCUCAGCUGUGGAGAAAUGCCUGUCUGAGAAGAAAGUCCCGCCAACCAACAUAAUCGCGCUCGCAUGCGACAACGCUGUGUGAUGGUGGGGGAGCGCAACUCCCUGAUGACAAGGCUGCGAGAGAAGGCGGAUGACAGUUUUAUAACCAUCCGCUGCAUCUGUCACUCGCUGCAUAUAGCAGC